AUGAAAAACACCCUGGUGGACAAAGAUUCCCCCAGAGGGGCCUAUGCUGAGGAGGAUCACCCUGCUCUCCUUGCAGGGGAGAUCGUCGGGGGAUGGGAAGCCCGGCCCCACUCCAGGCCCUACAUGGCCUUUCUGCGGAUACAACAUGUUAACGCCACUUUGCGCUGCGGUGGGUUCCUGGUGGAGAAGAACUUUGUGCUGACGGCGGCUCACUGCCAGGGAGAAAAAAUCACUGUCACCCUGGGAGCCCACAACAUCGCACAACGGGAACAGAGCCAGCAAGUGAUCCCCGUGCGCCGGCAGAUCCCCCACCCCCAGUACGACAAGGAGACUUUAAACAAUGACAUCAUGCUGCUGCAGCUGCAGAUGGAUGCGGAGCUGAACAGCCCUGUGGGUACCAUCAAGCUGCCCCGUGCUAAUGAGGAAGUGAAGCCAAGGACCCUGUGCACUGUCGCUGGCUGGGGCAGUCUUAGGCCAGAUGCUGUGCUGUUACCAGACACGCUCCGGGAAGUGGACGUGGUGGUGAUGCCGGACGCCGCGUGUCCGAGGAAUCCGGACUGGCUGUAUCGUGGCUACGACCCCGCCACCAUGAUGUGUGUGGGGGACCCAGCCCAGUUUUACGACUCGGCACAGGGCGACUCCGGGGGCCCCCUGGUGUGUGGAGAGAAAGCCUGGGGCAUCGUCUCCUGGGGGUAUUGCAAAGCACCCGGGGUCUACACGAAAAUCUCCGCCUUCGUCCCCUGGAUAAACAACACCAUGAGGAGGCUGCAGCUGCAGAUGGAUGCGGAGCUGAACAGCCCUGUGGGUACCAUCAAGCUGCCCCGUGCUAAUGAGGAAGUGAAGCCAAGGACCCUGUGCACUGUCGCUGGCUGGGGCAGUCUUAGGCCAGAUGCUGUGCUGUUACCAGACACGCUCCGGGAAGUGGACGUGGUGGUGAUGCCGGACGCCGCGUGUCCGAGGAAUCCGGACUGGCUGUAUCGUGGCUACGACCCCGCCACCAUGAUGUGUGUGGGGGACCCAGCCCAGUUUUACGACUCGGCACAGGGCGACUCCGGGGGCCCCCUGGUGUGUGGAGAGAAAGCCUGGGGCAUCGUCUCCUGGGGGUAUUGCAAAGCACCCGGGGUCUACACGAAAAUCUCCGCCUUCGUCCCCUGGAUACGAAAGACGAUUGGCAGGCUGCAGGCUGGAGCCCGGCUGUGA